UGUGUCCCCUGAAUGGCUGAUUCUCAGUCUAUGGCGGCAAAGUGAACAUCUCAGGUAUCAACCGGCCUAAUAUGUCGAUUUUCCAUCUGUGGUAACCGUUUCCGGCGAAGUAAUUGAGAUCCGAAGCUUAAUCUAAUUCAAGUCUCUCACCUCACGGUGCCAACCAUCUCCAACGGCAGUCUAACCGACGAGAACCUUUGGUCGGGUCAGUGGCCGGAAUCUGAAGUAUCUUUCUCACUGUUCGUCUUCCAAUAUGAGACAAGUUGUAGCCCUCUGAUUAUACUUGUGAAUUUAGGAUGAAUCUAAGGGCUGUUUCUCUGUCGAAACAGGAAUGGAAUUGGAAACUACACGCGAGCCAUUCGAAUCCGUUAGGGUUAGGGAUUUCGUGUUAAAAUCAAAGCUUGGAGGGGGUUCUCUCGCCACAAUCUGGAGGGCAGAUAACAUUGUGAUAGGAGAGGAGUUGGCAUUGAAGCAAAUUUACCUUUCAAAACUCAACAAACACCUACGAAGCUGUUUGGAGUGUGAGCUCAACUUCUUGUCCUCUGUCAAUCACCCACAUAUCAUCCGCCUUUACGACGCCUUCGAGGUUGAAAGUUGUAUGUUCCUUGUCUUGGAGUUAUGCUCUGGUGGAAAUCUAGCUUCUUUCAUUCGUUGUCACGGGCACAUUCAGGAGCUGACAGCCAGAAGAUUCAUGCAGCAGCUUGGAGCUGGGUUGAAAAUUUUACACUCCCACCACAUCAUCCAUAGAGACUUGAAACCAGAGAACAUUCUAUUAUCUGGCUCUGAGGAUGAUCUGGUGCUCAAGAUAGCCGAUUUUGGUCUUUCAAGAACUGUGCAUCGAGGAAGCUAUGCUGACACGGUAUGUGGAUCCCCAUUGUAUAUGGCUCCAGAAAUACUUCAAUUCCAAAGAUAUGAUGAAAAGGUUGACAUGUGGAGCACUGGUGCGAUUCUUUUUGAGCUUCUUAACGGCUACCCUCCAUUUCACGGUAGGAGUAAUGUUCAGCUCAUUCUUCCAGGAUUGCAUCCAGAUUGUGUUGACAUUUGUACUAGACUACUUGCUUUAAAUCCAGUGGACCGCUUGUCAUUUGACGAGUUCUAUCAACAUAGAUUUUUGAAAAGAAUAGAAGUGGAAUAGUGAAAAAAAUCGUGGGCUUGGGAAUUGAAUGUUCCUUGGACUUUCAGGAUGGAUUUUCCUAUCAAGAUAAGAAGUUGUUUCAAAAGCGCCAAUCCGAGGUCAUCAAAUUUUGUCUUCAGUUUUUAAUAUUCUCUGCUUCUCUAAAUGUCAGCAGCAUUGUAUUCUUUAGGUUAGCAUGCUUCUUUGUGCUAUUUGAUAACAGGCGAUGCUGAUGUUUUGCUGAAAAUGAACAAAUUUGGCAUUGCAGGAACAGAGAUUUCUGUAUUAUAGAUUCAUGUAGUCAAUCCUACUUAUCUAAUCCAAUAUUCUCCUUCAGA